CGUGGCAGGCCUUAAACAGACAUGCGCGGUGCACCUUGAGACGGCACUAGAAGGAACGGCGGCGUAAACGAAAAUACAUCGAUGUUUAGAUCUAGAUGAGUGAAACACAAUACUUAUAUUGUUUUGGCUUUGAAUAAUUAUAAUUCCAAGCAUUUCAUUGGAUUUUUCCGACGAUGAUGUUUCGACCAGCCGUGUCAAGGACAGUAGUAGUUUAGCAUCCUAGCUACGUUUUAGCAUAGCUUCUAACGUGACCGAUCGUAACAUCGUGUGUUUUGUGUGGAGGGGAUGAACUCUCUGGUCGGCUACGGGGUGUCCUCUGACUCAGAGAGCGAAGAGGAUGGAGACCGUAACAACGGAACAAUUAGUUCCAAAGGAGUGACCCUAAAGGAAAAAACAGUCGUCACCAAGACGCGAAACUUCCUGUUGGAAUCUGGCUCUGCGUCCAGUGAGUCUGACGGUGACUCUGAACCAGAAGGAGAGGAUGAAACACGACCCUCUCCCCGGCGGCGUACUUUAGCAGUGACUGCAUCAUCUCCAUCUACUCCUCACCGGCAACCACAACCUCCACCACCAGCCAUACGCUCUCUCCCUCCUCCAAACAAACUCCCUCCCCCUCCGCUAGGCACCUGCGCGGGCAGCGGUGUGUUUGCCAACCCCUUCAAGGCACAAGCGGACCAGAAACUGAACGUGUUGCAGAAACACGUUCCGCUCACGAUGCAGGCCAAGCCUGCACUCAUCGGGGGCAAGAGGGUGUGUGUGGCGUACCGGAAGGACGGGCGCUGCAGGUUUGGCAUCAAAUGCAAGUACGCGCAUGACAGCGACCUCCAAAACCCACUCGCCGUCCACGGUGACCCCGGCCUGGAGAUGGCCGACUCCAGUCCGGGGGAGUCCCACCCGGCUGGCUCCAAAGGAGAGGACGAUGGACAGCCAGGCAAGAAGAGGAGGGUAGGACUGAGCAACACCCUGAUUCCUCCCAAGCGGGCCAUGAAGCAGUACGCGCAGCAGAAGGAGCGAGAUCGCCCCAAGAUGUCCUGAGCCUGUCCUACCAGUCGGUUGGUGUCACUGUAUUUAGUGUUUAAGGGCACGUACGUUAGCACCAGAUGAUGACAAGCGUUGUGGAUUAGCCCUUAUAAGCCAGGCCAGAAUCGUGAAAUUGCGAUUUGUGGGUAGGUGGAUGAUGGGUCAACCUAUCGGUCUACCCACUGGACAGUACCAACUGGUAGGCAGACCUAUCAAACAUAGAAGACACGCCCCCACAUGUCAUGUCACUGUAGGGUAGAUAUUGCCCUUGUACCGUCUAUCCAAUACCACCUGGUGGUAUAAUUGGGGCCCUUAAGAUGUAUACAGGUUUCCUGUAUAGGAGGUUUCUGUUUAGGAUUUGUAUACUUGGGACUUUAUACAAUGUAUAUAUUUAUUCUGAUGUCCUUUUUUAGCGUUUCUCGAUUUCGAUGAUAAGCAUUGCUAUAGUUGAACUAAACAAAGACAAGGCAGCGUCUCACAAUGUAGACAUUUAGUGAUCUUAUAAACAGUUUAUUAUGUGAUGCUCUAUAUUGCGUAUGAGGUUUAUUGGAGACACAACUUGGGGUUUCCAUAAUUGUUGCUUUAAAAAUAAAACUGCUUGAUCCAACAAAAGCUC